AUGAGAAAUAGGAAAGAAAAUAUGUUGAAGAGCAAUACAAUAACAACAACUCUUAAUAAUUUUAAUAAUUCUAAGAAUACAACAAGGGAAGAGGAAAACCUUCAAUUCAAUUUUCCAACUUUUCCGAAGGGAUUUGAUGAGUCACAGCUAUCACUCUAUCAUUCUCUUUUAUUAAAACAAUGUACAAAAUGUGAUCAUAGAAACGAGCAUGCUAACAAUACAACUAGUAAACCAGAGAUUCCAACAAGAAGCACAAUACAAAAUGAUUGUAUUAAAACAAUCCCUAGAGUUAACCCUUUAUCGAGUGGAGUGAGUUUCCGAUCACUACCAAAAGCAACCUGUGAUGAUAUCAUCAAAGUGUGUAACUUUUACGUAGAGAAGUGUGAGGGAAAAUACAGUGAAAAAACUAGAGCCUACAGAAUGAUGGUGGAAAUGGCGAAUGAAAUUAUUAAAUUAACAAACAUUAUACAAAGGGAUUUCGAAGUGGAAUAUAGCAAACAACGAGAGCAGAAUGUUCACUUGAAUAAGGUUUGUGAGGAGUGGAAUAAUUAUUUUGGAAAAACAGUAGAUGAUAAAUAUUCAAAACUGAGCCCACGAGAUAUUCGAUUAAUAAUUGAUAAACUGGAAAUGGAUGUGAAGAAAUAUGAGGAUACAUUGAAUGAGGAGCGAUUAAGACACUACGAACAAGAACGAAAAUUACACUUGAUGAUCAAUGAGCAUCACGAGGCCAGCAGGAAGAGCAUUAGAAACAUGAUGAAACAAACAUCAGCACCAACUUUUCAAAAGAGUCCAACACCUCUCUAUCAACCAAAUUUCGAACAGACCUCCCUCGUUGAAACUCUUCUAGAAGAAAACAGACAAUUGAAAAAACAAGUUCAAGAACUGACAGGCAGUACCUCCAAAUAUCGAACAAGCCACCACAACAUGACCUCAUCCUCCACCCUUCAAGAUUCAAUCAGCAGUAAUAGUAGCUCUUCCCAAAGUACCUCCUCCAUCAAAUACAACACCCUAUUCCAAUAA